CUCUGUCACCAUAAUUAAGACGCUCUCUUGGCUGCCUUGGUUUGGUUCCUGCUCCUCCUUACUCUACCUGACCAGCUCGGCAGCUCCCCAGCCGCGACAGAGUCCACGACGACGAUCUUUCUUCCCACCCCCGUCUGCCUCCGGAUCCCAGCUCCCCUGCCCGCUCGGUCGACUCCCUCGUCGCCGAGUCCAGCUCCGACUCCGAGAAAAAAUCAAAUCGACCGAGUCCGCCCGUGAAGCCGCCGACAGAAGGAGAGAGCACAGAGCGGGCGAGGCAGGCAGCAUGAAGUCCAUGGGCAGCCGCGACAAGCUCGCGGCGGCGUCGAGCCCCCGCCGCGUCCUCUUGGUGGUCUUCGCCUUCUGCUUCGCAUUCGCCACCUUCCUCACCUUCCUCUACACCACCUCCCACUUCACGACCGCGCCCGGCUCCGGCUCCGGCUCCAUCGCGGCCUCUACCACCACCACCACCACCACGACCUCCGGCUCUGCGGGCGGCGGCGGCGGCCAAGGCCAAGCAGGGCCCGAGUCCGUGUCCAAGCGGCUGCCGGUCCCGGUGUUCGAGGCGCUGGUCCACUUCGCGUCCAUCUCGAACGCGACGCACCGCAUGUCGGACACGGACAUCCGGGCCAUGUCGUCCGUGCUCCGCGCGCGGGCGCCCUGCAACCUGCUGGUGUUCGGGCUGGGCGCGGAAUCCCCGCUGUGGCUGGCGCUGAACCACGGCGGGCGGACCGUGUUCCUGGAGGAGAACGAGUUCUACGUCAAGUACCUGGAGCCGCGGCACCCCGGGAUGGAGGCGUACGACGUGUCCUACACGACGAAGGUGCGCGACUUCCGGGACCUGCUGGCGGCGGCGCGGGCGGCGAGGGCCAAGGAGUGCCGGCCCGUGCAGAACCUGCUCUUCUCCGAGUGCCGCCUCGCCAUCAACGACCUGCCCAACGACCUCUACGACGUGGCCUGGGACGUGGUCCUCAUCGACGGGCCGUCCGGCUGGAACCCCAACUCGCCCGGCCGGAUGCCGUCCAUCUUCACCACCGCCGUGCUGGCGCGCUCCGGCGCCACCGCGGCUAAGGGCCCCACCGACGUGCUCGUGCACGACUUCCAGUUCGAGGUGGAGCAGGUGCUGAGCAGGGAGUUCCUGUGCGACGAGAACCGCGUCGCGGGAAGCGGCACCCCGUCGCUCGGCCACUUCGUCAUCCGCGGGGGUGGGGCCGGGGCCGGCGACGCCUUCUGCUCUGCCCAGGAGGACGGCUCGUCGGGGGAGAAGACGCGCCGCCGCCGCAGCCGCAAGUAAAUUUUACUUGUCCGCUGUCCGUCUAUCUUGCCACGGAGACGGGCAGACGGCAUUAGCCGCCAGCGACCUCUCACUUCUUCCUGGCGAGUGGAUCUUUACCGCUCCUCCUCACCCACCUGUUAAUUAAUUUUUUCUCUCUUGCAUAUACAUAUAUGUUGGUUGUUUUGUUUCUCG